AUGCAGGUUGGUGAUUUUAAAUUGUCAAGAAUUAAACGGGACACGCUUGUCUCUGGUGGAGUAAGAGGUACACUUCCAUGGAUGGCACCAGAGCUAUUAAGUGGAAGCAGCAACCGCGUCUCUGAGAAGGUGUUACAAUCACUUCUAAGCUCAAUCAUUGACCGCAAAAACUUUAGCUUUAAUCACUCAUUGUUGCCGGUUGAUGUAUUCUCAUUUGGUAUCGCCAUGUGGGAGAUUUCAACAGGCCAAGAACCUUACGCGGAUAUGCAUUGCGGCGCCAUCAUUGGUGGGAUUGUGAACAACACGUUGAGACCUUCGAUGGCGGAGAAAUGUGAUCAUUUUGUGGAGAAUGUUGAUGGAGAAAUGUUGGUCGUUUGA